GGAGGCAGAGCCACAGUCAGUGUGCUGAUCAGAGCCGAGUGCACCACAGCUGCUGGCCCCCUAAAACUGAGAAAAAAGAGAACAGAUUUAAAAAAAGAAAUCAUCAGCCAGAAGACGCUUAACACCCCUCACAGCAAGCUCACCUCAGUUUACUAAUCAGAGCUGCAAGGAGCUAAAUUUGACUUUGACAAGGGGUGAAGAGGACAGAUUUAGAGACACAAGAGGAGGGGCGUGACAGGGAGCCGGCCGAGCAGGCAAGCUGCCACUGCCAGGGGAGGAAGAGCAGGCUAUGCACCAGCCAAAGCCAGAGGUCAAGAAAAAAAGUGACAGAGUAGUGAAAAGGUAGACCCUGGGUGAGGACGAGGUCACUGGUUGAUCUGAGCCAGACAGACAGAAAACCAGCCUCUCUUUGUUGCUCUGUGGGCCACCGAGUGGGGAAGAGGAUGUGAACGUGGGACAGCAGGGAGGAAGGGAGGCGACUGCGAGAAAGACAAGAAAAUGCUCUCAGAGAUGAUGUGCAGGAGGAGCUGCCGGCAGCAGCAGCAGCAGCAGCAGCAGCAGCAGGAGCAGGAUGGGAAAGAGGCUCCACAGAGGGACGCUGCCGGCCGCAGGCAGCGCGCCUGGUCCAAGGGCUGCAGGGGGCGCCUGCAGGGGCGGAGGACAGGGGGGGGAGGAGGGUGGUCAAGGGGGCGCAAUCACCAGCACCCUCAGCGUCAUCACCCUCAUCACCCUCAUCACCCUCAUCACCCCGGACACGUCCAGAGGCCGGCGAUGUCGCUCCGGCCCGUCAACGUGAAGGGGAACAGGGUGAGGGGCAUGCGGGCCCCCAAGAACACCAACCAGUUUCUGAUGCACGAGAAGUACCAGAUGCUGCACCUGCGCUCCGACUCGGUGGGGAGCGACAGCGGCAGCAGCGGCUCCGACAGCGACACGGAGCUCACGGACAUGGACUCGUACCUGGGCGUCCUGGAGAACGCCAGGGGAGCGCUGCUGGACAGUCCCAACCCACACAACAACUCAUGCACCCCCCCAGGACAGAUCCUGGUACUGCACGGGGACGGCCUGCGUCUGCACGAGGACAGCCUGCGUCCGCAGGAGGACAGCAUGCAGUACUUCCCCUCGGAGGACGACCUGAUGCAGAGCCAGAACUUCAUGCAGAGGGACUUUGUUGAGUUCUGUGACAUCCUGUCACCCUGAAGGGAAACUUUCAGGGAGCCAUUUUGUUUUCCAGCAGUGUUGCGGGGUCAGGUUUGUUCUGCUUCAUGCUCGCCGGAAAUAAUGAAUAUCCACCUUACUAAAGUCAUUUAGCCUUAAAAGUUGAAGGAAUCUGCCCACAGACUGAGAUCAUUCCAUUAGUUUCAGCAGGAAGAAAGUUUUUUUUUUAUAUAUUUUUGAAUUUAUUUUUCAAUUAAGUAGAAUUUUCUUAACAUUCCUGUAACUAUCGGCCUUAUAUGUCUUCUUUUUUUUAGAUACUGGCACUGAUGUUUAGAGAACAACAAGGGAAACUGAACUGAACGUGGCAUCAUCUCAACCUGCUGGCAGUUUAAGAAACAACUUUAACGUUAAGAUUAACUGAUAUUAUUACGACGGAUGUUUGUUUUUUUGUUUUGUUUUUACAGUUCAUGUUUGGUUAUGUACAGUGUGUCCGGGUGCUGUAAAGUGCUGCCCCCUUUUCUGUUGUUGUUGCCGCACACAAAGGAAGAGGGGCUGGGUGGUGGGAGUGAGCCCUGACGGCCAAUCACAAUCGAGCUGUCUGGUUUUUACGCUGCAGACGAUUGGCUGAUGCCAGACUGUCAUUAUUAAAAAUGAAUAAUAAUAAAAAAGCCUUUCACUGUGCAUAGUCCAAAAAAACCCACAAAUAAAUAUCUGAUUGAUGUAA